GUCCCAUAAGUCUCUAUCAUUUCCCCCACACCUUUGUUGGUUUCUGUGUCCACCCUUAAGAAGAUCCUUCAUUUCUGCGUUUCUUGCUAUUCCCAUUUUCAACAUGAUCCAUGAAGGGAAAAGGGGAAAAGGGUUUCUGGCUUUCAUCUCUUUUUCUUUUAUUUCUUCUUUCUUCACCAGGAAAAGGAGCAUUCUAUGGAGCCACACUUGUCAUGGAGAGAAAUAAUUCAACAUCUAGUGGCUAUUGAAGAAUUUGGAAUUCCAAAGUGCAGUAAGUCAGACAUAUAGGAAGAAGAAAUGCUGCGAAGGUGCUGAUCUGGAUGAACUCUUCAGCUCACUCAAAGUUCAGGAAAGUGUCUGUCUUGCAAGUACCAACAUGGAGAAAAAAACAAAUUCAUGUACUGAAUGUGGAAAGAAUUUUAAGCAGCAGAAACUUCAUGAAAGAACUCACACUGGUGAAAAACCCUACACAUGUUUGGAAUGUGGGAAGAGCUUUGCUCAGAGUGGAAAUUUACUUACGCAUCAGAGAACUCACACUGGUGAGAAACCCUAUAGUUGCCUGGAAUGUGGAAAGAGCUUCUCGCAGAGUGGGUAUCUACGUUCACAUCAAAGAACUCACACUGGGGAGAAACCCUAUGAAUGUCCGGAGUGUGGAAGGAAAUUCACUCAGAGUGUACAUUUACGGACACAUCAAAGGAUUCACACUGGGGAGAAACCCUAUACAUGUCUGGAAUGUGGAGGCAGCUUUGUUGGCAUUGGAGACCUACGUAAGCAUGAAAGAACUCACACUGGGGAGAAACCCUAUAAAUGUCAAGAGUGUGGAAAGAAUUUUGUGCAUAGUGGAGCUCUACAUUCACACCAAAGAACUCACACUGGUGAGAAACCCUAUAAAUGCCUGGAGUGUGGAAAGAGUUUUAUUCAGAGUGGGAAUCUACGUUCACAUCAGAGAACUCACACUGGGGAGAAACCCUAUAAAUGCCUGGAGUGUGGAAAGAGUUUUAUUCAGAGUGGGAAUCUACGUUCACAUCAGAGAACUCACACUGGGGAGAAACCCUUUAAAUGCUUGGAGUGUGGAAAGAGCUUCACUCGCAGUGGAGAUCUACAUUCACAUCAAAGAAGUCACACUGGGGAGAAACCCUAUAUAUGUCUGGAAUGUGGGAAGAGCUUCACUUUCAUUGGAGAUCUACAUAAGCAUAAAAGAACUCAUACUGGGGAGAAACCUUAUGAAUGCCAGGAGUGUGGACAGAGCUUUGUGCAUAAUGGAGCUCUACAUUCACACCAAAGAACUCACACUGGGGAGAAACCCUAUAAAUGUCUGGAGUGUGGAAAGACCUUUGCGCAGAGUGGUAAUCUAUGUAAACAUCAAAGAACUCACACUGGGGAGAAACCCUAUAAAUGCCUGGAGUGUGGAAAGAGCUUUGCGCAGAUUGGAAAUUUAUAUAAACAUCAAAGAACUCACCCUGGGGAGAAACCCUUUAAAUGCUUCGAGUGUGGAAAGAGCUUCACUCGCAGUGGAGAUCUACAUUCACAUGAAAGAGCACAUACUGGGGAGAAACCCUAUGCAUUUCUGGAGUGUGGAAAGAGUUUCACUCAGAGUGGAACUUUACAUAUACAUCAAAAUAUUAACACCGGGGAGAAACUCUUUAAAUGUCAUGAGUGUGGAAAGAGCUUCACUGACACUGGAGAACUAUGUAAGCAUGAAAGAACUCACGCUGGGGAGAAAACCCUAUAAAUGCCGGGAGUGUGGAAAGAAUUUUGUGAAAAGUGGAAAACUACAUUUACAUCAAAGAACUCACAUUGGGGAGAAACCCUAUAAAUGCCAGGAGUGUGGAAAUAAUUUUACUCAGAGUGGAAAUCUACGUUCACAUCAGAGAACUCACGCUGGGAAGAAACUAUAAAUGUAUAGAAAGUGGGAAGAGCUUCCUUGAAAGUGGAGAUCUACAUAAACAUAAUAGAACCCAUGUUGGGAAUAAACUCUAUUUUGGCAAUUGCCAAGUUAUGUUCUGUAGGUUUGUUUUUAAGUUGAAUUUUAAGUGUAACUCUGUCCACUGUUAUGUUAUGCUAUGCUAUGUAGAUAGAUAUGUUUUGCACAACAUACUGAAGGAUUAACACUAAUUUGGUUUUAGUUUUGCUGUCUGUGUCCCUAUUCAGAAGAUUUCAUAGAAUCAUAAAAUAGUAGAGUUGGAAGAGACCUCAUGGGCCAUCCAGUCCAACCCCCUGCCAAGAAGCAGGAAAUCGCCUCACUUUCCCGGUGAUAAUUGGAUUUUGAAAAAAUUGGCUUGUUGUGGAAACAAGGACUGGGGAUAAAACUCCAGUGGAGACCCCUUUUCUUUAUGAUAACUCUUUCAGAGUUAAUUUGUCUUCUUAGGGGUAGAAGUUGCUCUCACUUCUUGUUGUCCCAACCCUGUUCUUAACUAUGAGUCAAUUGUAAGUUGGGUGUAACUGUACAUGUGUGGGCUGUGGAAAGAGCUUUGCUGAGAGUCAUCUACAUGCAUCAGAGGCCCAAGGAACAGAGGCUUUAGGCAGUUGAUCACAGCAUCGGGAGACCAGCAAGAGACAGCCAGCAGUUGAGAAUUCAUAACUGCUUCUAACGAUCAGAGGAUUCCUUGCUUGGACCUCACAGGUCUUCUCUGGGUCGUUAGUGACCCUCUCUUUCCCGAUGGCUCCAAUGGAUUCCCAAGGCUUAGCGAGUCCAUGCAGAUAUUCACUGUCUUCCCUUUUGACAGCAUAAGCGCUGAAAAGAGUGCAAUCUGCUUGGCCUUCUGAGGGGAUGGGUCUCCUUCAGUUGGGUCUCCUCAUGCCUCUGGCCAGAGUAGUCCCUAAGUGUGUGUGGCUGCUCAAGAAUCCUUGAAGUCAGUCCAUGCCAACAGUAAUGAACU